AACACAACCCGUCCAAAACACUAGGGUUUUGAAGGUUUCGUCCUUCGUAUAAAGUGCCGGAGUAUCACUAAUCUUCAAAGCUAGCAGCUGGUAGCGAAGCUCCACUCGUUCUGCUCGGUGACCUCGUCGUCGUUGUCGUGUUUAAGUCAUGAAGCAUAACAAUGUUAUUCCGAAUGGACACUUCAAGAAGCACUGGCAGAACUAUGUGAAGACCUGGUUCAAUCAGCCAGCACGCAAGACCAGGAGAAGAAUUGCAAGGCAAAAGAAGGCUGUGAAGAUUUUCCCCAGACCAACUGCUGGAACUCUUCGCCCUAUUGUCCAUGGUCAGACACUCAAAUACAACAUGAAAGUUAGGUCUGGUAGAGGAUUCUCCCUUGAGGAGCUCAAGGCUGCAGGUAUCCCUAAGAAACUGGCUCCAACAAUUGGUAUUGCUGUCGAUCAUCGUCGCAGGAAUCGGUCACUUGAGGGGCUUCAAACUAAUGUUCAAAGGUUAAAGACCUACAAGGCCAAAUUAGUCGUCUUCCCAAGACGUGCUCGCAAGGUCAAGGCUGGUGAUUCUGCCCCCGAGGAAUUGGCUACGGCAACACAAGUCCAUGGUGCUUACAUGCCUAUUGCACGUGAGAAGCCAUCAGUUGAUCUUGUCAAGGUUACUGAAGAGAUGAAGUCGUUCAAUGCCUAUGGCAAGCUACGUGUGGAGCGGACGAACGAGCGUCACAUUGGUGCAAGGAUGAAGAGGGCUGCAGAGGCUGAGAAGGAGGAAAAGAAGUAGUGAGGUUUAUCUUGGUUGAUUUACUUGUCCCAUCUUUUUGAGUCCUAUUUAGUUAAUCCUUGCAUUUGCUUUGAACUUUUUAGCUAUAGCAUUCAAUGUCAGCUGAGUAUCAAUUUCAACACUGGUUACUUUGUUGAUGAGAUUUUAAGAAUGUUUAAAAUUAUUUUCUUGGUGCUGACCUAA